AUGGCCGGGCAGCGGGCUGUGGCGGAUUCGUGGCUGGGGGAGGAGGAGGAGCUGGACGGGCUGGGCAGCUCCGGGCCUCCUCUCGGCUCCAGAAACUGGGAGGACGUAGCGAACAGCUACUCCGCCGAAGACGGGCGGAGAGGCACCGGCGUUGCCAUGGAAACUGCAUCCACAGGUGAUUCCAUGUCUGACCUCUUCCAGAAGUCUUCCCCGGGGCAGGACGAUCUAUACACCUCCCUCCUCUCCACUCACUCCUCCUCCGCUUCCAACCCGUUCGGUGGAGGUGCUCCUCUUUUCUCCUCCGAGGGAAACCGCUCUCCUCCUGCUCCAGCCGGGACCGACUCCGGCAUCGGCAUGACCCCCGGUGACCCCUGUGACCUUCAGACGCACAGGACCGACCCAUACAACUACAUGGACAUGAGCGACGACCUCUGUGACCUCGGCAACCUGGGCAACCUGGGCAACCUGGGCAACCUCGGAGCCAGCAGGUCAAAGCAGCAGCCGACGAGGGGCUACGAUGACGAGGACGAGGACGAUUUGGACGGCCUUCAGGAUUUCAAGCUGAAGAAGCAUGAGAAGGAGCCCGAGCCUGACCCCUUCGACCUUGAACGCUACCUGGAGAAAAAUGCCCCCCUGUCUGGGGGUCUGGAGGGCAAAGAAGACUUGGGGUCAGCUGGAGGUCAGCAUGCCUUUCCGUAUGUGGAGGAUCCAUCGGAUGAAGAAACAGCGGAGUACCGCUCUUACCGCAUGAUGGGUACCCCGCAGACCGCCAGCCCUGUGAAGAUCACUGUGACGACCGACUCCCGUAACCUGGCAACCCAGCCACAGAGGGUGUCUCCACAAGGGGGCGCCAUGGAGAGGGACAGUGUGCUCAGUUUUGGCCAGCAAGGCCUUCCCACAGUAACGCUGUCGGAGCCGGAAGACGACAGUGCUGCUUCCUCUGCCAAUCAUUCCCCUAACCACUCCCCUACAGGACGAGAGUCUCCCUCGGACAUUUUAUUCCAACCUGCAGGAAUAAAGUCUGCGAGCUCAGUGCGGAACACCAGUGCCCCCUACCAAGACUCAAAAGGUCCUGCCAAGCCCUCCAGCCCGUGGGACGUGCCCGGAUUUGGUGGACAAGAUCGUGACGGCAGCGGGGCAGAAUCCGGAGACUCCGAAAUUGAGCAAGUGGCCGAAGAGCCUGAUUCACCAAGGCUCGAUAAGAUCCAGAGCUCAAAAGGGGGUUUCAGCAAAUCUGGCAACCCGUUCGAGCAGUCCAGAGAUGCGAAUAAAGCAACCAAUCCUUUCGAGAUGCCUCAAGCCAACAAGACGAAUGCUAGCAACCCAUUUGGGCCUUCCAGCACUGCCAAGGGUGCUUUCGGUCAAUCUGGCAACCCUCCCCUCUACAGUCUCCUGCGCGAAGAGAGGGAGGCGGAGCUUGACAGUGACCUGCUAAUUGAAUCGGCUUCUGAAGAGAGCCCCAAAAGGGAGCAUGGGUACUGCCCCCCAAAACCGAGCUCAGCUCCAGCGCCGAACAUCUCCUCCAGUCCAAUCUCGGCCCCCCGCCCAACAGAGUCAGCGCCAAGCAACCAGAAACCGAAGGAGAAAGAGGGCGAGAAGGAGAAGGUUAGUGUGGAGAAGCCGGUCGAGAAGGCCAAGCCUCAGCCACAGCAGCAUGAAGAUAAACCCCGUCCAUCAGCUAUGGGUACGUCUGCAGCUUCUCCGGUGCAGCGCACCCUGGAGGACGGGGGGAGUAAGAGCACGAGCAGCGGAGAGAUGAAAGCAGCCGGCGCUAAACAGGCAGAGCUGCCGCCUUUCCUGCAAAACUUCAACAAGCAGAAAGUGGUGGACCUGCUGCACUGGCGGGACGUGAGGCAGUCCGGCCUGGUCUUCAGCAGCGUGCUGCUGCUGCUGUUCUCGCUAACUCAGUUUAGCGUGGUCAGCGUGGUGGCCUACCUCGCUCUGGCCACGCUCUCGGCCACCAUCAGCUUCAGAGUGUAUAAAUCGGUGCUGCAGGCUGUGCAGAAGACCGACGAGGGACACCCCUUCAAGGCCUAUCUGGAGGUGGAGAUUGCUCUGUCUCCGGAUCAGAUCAGUAAGUAUGUGGAGAAAGUGCAGCUGUAUGUAAACCACAUGAUGAAGGAGCUGCGCAGACUCUUUCUGGUUCAGGACCUGGUCGACUCCAUAAAGUUUGCAGUGCUGAUGUGGCUGCUGACAUACGUAGGCGCCCUCUUUAACGGCCUGACUCUGCUCAUCCUGGCUGUGGUGUCCAUGUUCUCCAUGCCUGUGGUCUAUGAGAAGUAUCAGACGCAGAUAGAUCAGUAUCUGGGGCUGGUGAGAACCCAAGUGAACACCAUAAUGGCAAAGAUAAGGGAGAAGGUUCCUGGGGCCAAAAGGAAGGAUGAGUAAACUCCUCCCAUCCACCGCCAGUGAAAACACGACAAGCCAGUAAAACUACAACUAAUCCCAGCACUGAAGGACCCCAAGGGCCAAAAUACCACCUGCGUAAAAAUAAACCAGAAAAGCUCACAAAUAGUGGCACACGUGGAAAAACCUCACUGUUGUAAAAUCACUGUAACCCCCGGCACGAGUAGCUACGGCGGCUAACACGCUAACUCACUAGAGCUGAUCACGAUUAUUGGGGGGGGGUUAAAGCUAUAGAUAGAACUGAAGGUCAUGAACUGCUUUUCUCUUUCAUCGCUUCUGAUUAAAAUGCAUGAAGUCCAGUCUUGAGUAGGUAAAUAUUCGCUCUCUCUCUCUCUCUCUCUCUCUACCACUCUUUUCUUUCCGCUCUUCGUUUUGCGGCGCUUCUUUCCGACGGUAAAAAGAAGAGAAAAAAAAAAAACAAAAACAAAAAAAAAAAACGUGGCGCACCCACGAAACAAAGCAUCAUGCCGGUCUAGUCAUCUGAACUAACUGCUUAAAGUCUCCACCGCACUGUUAGAGCGCUCCACUCUUGGUGUGUAUAUACAUACAUGCAUACAUAUUAAUAUAUCCAGUCAAACUGUGGAUCGAUUUUCUUUUCUCUCUUUCUCUGUUUUAUCCUCUGUGUUUUAAAGCACAAGAAUAAUUUGAAGGCGUGUUCACUAAAUGUCGUAAGUGUAAUUUUUUGCUUUUGUAAAACUAGGGAAGAAGUCUACACAGGCCGAAGCGCUUUAGGUUUAGCUCCGAGGCUCGGAACGAUCCAGCAGACUAAAACUUGUCCAACUUUGUAUUACGUUCAGUGUAGUUCUUUCAAAGUCGAUGGGACUCUAACUAUUUGCACUUAUGUAUUUAAUUGACGAAUGAGAAAAAUAAAUGUCCUGUAAUGUAAAA